AUGGCCACUCUGAGAUACGACCCCGAAUUCGCCAAGGCAUUGGAACCUCUUAGAUCCAAGCGUCCCUCAGGCCCUCCUCAAACUGCCUUGGAAAUUCGCCGAAACAAUGAUGCUCUCUUUAAAAACAUGUUCCCCAAGGCGCCUUCAGCCGACAUCAUUCAGCAGACGGAUUACACCAUCCAGAGUUAUGAUGGUGCAAACAUCUUGCUCCGCCGCUUUGCCAAGCCCGAGCAUCUCUCGGUCAAGGAGCCUCUGCCUACUAUCCUCGCCAUUCAUGGCGGUGGUUUUAUCUCAGGAAGUGUAGAUGCUUGUGCUGGACUUGUAGCCAACAAGGUUCUUGCGGCUGAUCGUCCCAUCUUUGCUGUUGGCUACCGUCUUGCACCCGAGCAUCCUCACCCGGCCCCUGUUGAGGACAGUUACGCUGCUCUGAAAUACCUCCUGGACCACGCUGCGGAGCUCAACAUUGAUCCCCAACGUGUUGCCGUUCAGGGAGAGAGUGCUGGUGGCGGCAUUGCUGUCGGGCUGGCCCUCUUGGCAAGGGACAGGGAGCUUCAGCCUUCGAUUGCGAAGCUGCUUCUUACGUAUCCCGAGCUCGAUGACCGGCCACGGCAUGACAAGGACGCCGAGUUUCUCAAGUUUACCACAUGGAGCCCCAAGCACAACGAACUAGCAUGGGCGGCAUACGCGGAUGUUUCUCCGUAUGCUGCCCCAGCGAGAGCUGCGACAUACAAGGGCCUACCAUCUACGUAUGUAGACGUCGGAACGUUGGACGUGUUUCGAGAGGAGAACAUGGAGUUUGUCAGGAGACUACUGGCGGAUAAUGUCGAGGUUGAGUUUCACGUCUGGCCCGGAGUGCCACAUGUGUUUGAGUUUCUUGGACCUGGGACAAAGUGGCACGUGAGAGCGACAGAGGCUAGAGUUAAUGCCAUGAAGGAGUUUUAA